GCUCCCGCACCAACUCUCGCCUUGUCAGCUCAGCUCGAGGGAAUAUUCCUGGGCCGUUCGAGAGCUUGCUGCUGUCCUUGGGGACCAAGUCGUACUUGCGCGACUCUUGCGACUCAGCGCGAUGGCUUCAUUUAACGACGAAGAUGCCACCGCCGGCGCCACUGAAGCGGAGAUUGGGCCAAUACAAUCAGCCCUACCGUUGGAGCCCGACACCGAGAGCGAGCGUGAAAUACGCUUCAAUGAUGGAGAUUCCGCUAUCCAAAGCUUGGCGACCACGACCACUUCAAUAAGAGAUGAAUUGAUACUACAAUUGAAAGAACAUGGACGACAGUACCAAGGAUAUAUGGAAGCAAAAUAUGUUCUUCCCAUGGAUGAGCAAGAGAUAGAACGUCUAGACUUCCAGCAUCACAUUGUUUGGUUGACUCUUGACAAAGAGCUAGGCAUGGCACCUCUGAAACACGUGCGUCGGGUGCUUGAUGUUGGAUGUGGUACCGGAAUAUGGGCCAUCGACUUUGCCGAUGCGCACCCCGAGAGCGAGGUCCUUGGUGUCGAUCUGGCACCAGUCCAACCGGAGAAUGUCCCGCCAAAUCUAAACUUUGAGGUCGAUGAUCUCGAGAAGGAAUGGACGUUUUCGCGCAAGUUCGACUACAUUCACUGCCAACUGAUGAUCGGUGCGUUCCAGGACUGGCCGCGUUUCUUCGACCAAGCGUUUCAGCACCAAGAGAUUGGCGGCUAUCUCGAAGUCCACGACAUCGACUUCGUGAUCCAAUGCGACGACGGUAGUCUGCCUGCCGACUCCGCCCUUUCCCGAUGGAACGACUACAUGCACGACGCAGCAUCAAAAGCAGGAUUCCCACUCGACGCCAUUUCCCGCGUCCCUCAAAUGAUGAAAGACUCAGGCUACGUCGACAUUGUCGCCACGCCCGUCAAAUGGCCAAUCAACACUUGGCCGAGAGACGCGAGAUACAAAGAGCUCGGUCGAUGGGUGCUGGAGAACUUCUCCUGGGGAUGCGAGUCGAUGAGUCUGGCGCUGUUUACUAGGGCGCUUGGGUGGUCGCAGGAAGAGGUGCAGGUUUUCAUGGCGGCGGUGAGGACAGAUCUUAGGACGAGGAGGUAUCAUGCUUAUUGGAAUUUUUGGAUAGUUUAUGGGAAGAAGCCGCUGCCGGCGUCGACAUCGGAGGAAGAUGAUCAUCAUUCGUAAAGGCUUUUGCCGGUUUCCAAGGCUUUCUGUUUAUGGUUUUAGGUAUAGUUCAGGAUACUACGGUAUUGUUUGUUAUAGGAAUGCGAAUGGACUUUGCGCAAAAUUCGGCGUGGAUGCACCC